GGGGCGCUUUCUGUUUUUCCUUUCAUCCAAACAAGGCUUUGUUUCUGAAAACACUUUGUGACUGUCGUAAACGAGUCAGCUCAGAAUGCGGCACUGUAGUGCAUGCUGGGGACGGGAGAGACUGGUUCGGAGUUGGAGAAAAGUGUGAGAGGGUUUCACCUAAAUUCAUACAAAAUGACCUUCUCCGGGGUCUGGAGUCUGAGUACAGGGAAUACAUUUUUUUGAUUCACUUAAAAAGUUCACCGGUGUUAGGUGUUUGCCAUGUUUUCAGCUGUUUGUAAAAGUAAAAUGAUAAUUUGUGCCAAAGGACGUGCAGUCAGUCACUUUGCUAGGACAAGUUACACUGUUCAGUCGUCCGGUAUUCGAACAAGAGCCAGGAAGGAAUCACCGACAUUAUGGGCACAAUCGAGUGCACUUUUGAAAAGCGCCAAAAAGGAAAUAAAAUGGUUCAAAAGAUUGAAAUCCCCCAUUGCAUCUAAUCCAGCGUCUAGGAACUGUGACAAGCACUUUACAUUCGAUAUGCAACGUAUUUUAAGAACAACUUCUACAGUUUUCAUGGGCCGUUUCGCCCCUGCUUCCUCUUUGGUGCAAUCGUCUCCGACACCAUCACUGGAGCGUAUUUCGUAUCUAGCUCAGGGAGUAAGAGAAGGAAAGGAAUUGAGGGGAUACAACCAGCGCUGCCGCCAGAUGACCCUGUUCUCGACAAAGUUAAAGGCUAUUUUUAAUUUAAAUGCUGGACUGGAAAGUGCGGGGGGGCUUCUGUGCUUCAGAUGUUACAGUACCGGUGACGAGAAACCGACUGCAGCUCAGGGAAAAGGGACUGAAGUCUCUAGCACACCUGGCAGAGGCGAAGGUGUCACAACUUUUAAAGAACUGUAUGAAAACCCAUGGACGAUUCCAAAUUUCCUGUGCAUGGCAAGGAUUGGUUUAUCACCGGUCCUGGGAUACCUGAUUGUGGAAAAAGAGUUUCAUUUAUCCCUAGGUCUUUUUGUUUUAGCUGGAAUAACUGAUCUGUUGGAUGGCUACAUAGCACGUAACUGGGCCAACCAAAAAUCUGCUCUAGGAAGUGCUCUUGAUCCAUUAGCUGAUAAAAUACUCAUCAGCGUCCUGUACAUCAGCUUGACUUAUGCACAUCUCAUUCCAGUACCACUCACUGCCAUGAUUAUUUCAAGGGAUGUCGCUUUGAUUGCAGCUGUCUUUUAUGUUCGAUACAAAACUGUUCCACCCCCAAGAACCCUCAGCAAGUUCUUUAACCCCUGCUAUGCUACUGCUCAGUUAAAACCAACCUUCAUUAGCAAGGUAAAUACAGCUGUUCAGUUGACACUGGUUGCUGCAUCUUUAGCAGCACCUGUCUUCCAGUAUGUUGACAGCGUGUUUCUUCAAACGUUAUGGUACAUUACAGCAAUGACAACAGCGGCAUCAGCAUACAGUUAUUACCACUAUGGUAAAAAGACUGUACAGGUUUUAAACCACACAAAAUGAUGAAAGCAUUUUGUAGAGAGACUGUACAUCAUUGACUCUACACCAGAACAUUAUUAAAAGUGUUAAAUUGAUAAAUGUAGAUACAAUGUGAAUUAUCAAUAUACAUUCAAAGUGUAUUACAAUAAAGAACUGUUAUUGUUAA